AUGUCAGUCUUCGCAGCUUCCUCUCAUUUAACGCCUCCCCCCAAAAUCGAAAUUAAUGACGUACAAACACUCCCGGAUUCGAGUCCUAUAACUAUAAAGGCGAGAUAUGGAUUUGGUCGCUGUGUAACAUUACACUCAACUCUCGAUCAGAUAGCUGCCUCCACUGGAUACGAACACAUAUUUAAGCUCAAAACUACCACAUCUUUACGGAAGCUAUUCUAUGUCUAUGCCGAGACUAUCGGAAAGGAAGUAGAUGAAUUAAAAUUUAUAUACGAAGGACAACGUCUGAACCCCCACAACACGCCAAAUACGUAUGAGAUGGAGAACGGAGAUACGAUCGAUGUCAUGCUCGAAUAUCUUUUACUGGCUCACAAUGGCACGUUGGCCCUGGCCCCGCCCGCCUCACGUACGGCUGCGCCUGUCCCCUCUUUCGCUGCCACUCAGCCGUAUCAAAUCCGUGGUCGUCGUCCACGGAACCCCUCCACCAUAUUCCGGGAUAUAUUCUUCGCUACAUACAAGGUCCUUCUUCCAAGUAACGAAGCUGAAGUCAGCCGACUCGCUAGCGACGCUUGGCAUGAACUUUCAGAGGAGGAACGGCUCUUCUACAAAACGAUAGCUAAGUUGGAGAAAGAGGCGUAUGAACUUGGAAAGUCUACUCACGCGUUGCAGCGUCGCGGUUCUACUGGGGAUAAGGGCUCGAAGAACGACGGAGGGCGCAGGAUGAUCCCUUCUCUGUCGGUAGCCAAUCUACCGUACGGGUCAGUUGCCCAAGGCAUGGAUGCACAAUCUUUCUUCUACCGUACUCCCACUGCUGCGCCUGAGAUCCCUCGUAUUCAAUAUCCCCCUUUUUUCAUGACGAACACUGAUACGAUAACCCACGAUGUCCACGCGACUCAAGGACAAGGCAUGACUGACGUCCAGCACGGGCGUGCUACACAGAGCAUGCAAACUUCUCAGCAGUGGCCGCCUGUCCCUGCUGCCUUUGCUGAGAGUUCUGACUCAUCAGAUCCAUAA